AUGCAAUCGUCGGAUGAGGCCGGGGGUACAACAGUCGAAGAGAUCGUGCUAGCUUCGGAGCCAGGUGAGGCCCUGCAGCUUGGCUCACACGAACUGAUUGAGAGCAGGAAUAGAGGCGGGACGCGUUGCUACAGGACGCUGCUGCAGACGAUGACUGGCAGAAGGGGACGCCGCCUUUGA